AUGAGAUGCAGCGAGAAGGUUCUCCCUGGUUUUGGGGACCCAACCCACGAGGGCAGAUGGCCCGACGAGACGCCCAAUUUCUUUGCUCCUGGCAGGUAGUAGUCAUGUCACCAAACUCUUUCAGGUCCGCUGCCAACAGAAGCUUAGAAAACUAGAGCGAGAAUGAGAGAAAGAAAGAGAGAAAGACGCGCGCGCGCACACACACACGGACAAGAGCUUAUGGCCAAACACAUGUGACUGCAGCAGAGCAGGAACUCAUCUUAUUAAACGCUUCGCAGAAAUCUCGACUCAGCGUUCUUGCAAGUAGGAAUUUCCACUUCUGGUGAAGUUGGCAACGAGGGCGACUGGUCGCCGGAAACCACCGUUAGCGUCAAGAUGACCCUGCCCACGGCUCACCGACGUGGACCGAUUGCGAGCGUGGAUUGGACGUCAGCGCUGACCCUUCCCCUCGUCUUCUAUAUAGCUUCCUGUUGUGAGCUCCCCCUCCCACCUCCAACUCUCGUGGUCUUCCACACAGAACCAAGCAGCCAAGCUCUUCUCUGUUUAGGCCUCAAGGAAGAAGCUGCAGGCGACGAUAUGAGGGUGAGCUCUCUUAGAACAUAAACGUAGAAUGGCUCCCCUCUCCUCUAUCUCUUCCUUUCUCUCGCUCUCUUCUGGUUCUACUGCUCUGAACAUCCUUUCGCUGGACUGACUUCAUGCAGAUUCUAAGCUGGGUCCAGACCAAGAUCAACGGGAAGAAGGAGAAGAAAGCAUUCCCCUCGCAGAGUGAGCUUCCUCUUUCAUCUCCGUUACCAUGAAUCCCCAGAGCUCGCUGCUUUGAUACACAGGCUUUCCCUGAUGUAGAAAAGCUCCUGAUUCCCCUUAGAAGCGUCAGAUUCCCUUAAUAUCCACUAAAACUCUUCCCACGAUCAUUUUUCUCCAAUUUUUCCCUUAGAUGCGUCAAAUCCCCUGAAUAUCCACUAAAACUCUUACCACGAUCGUUUUUUUCUCCAACUUUUCUCUUAGAGGCGUCACAUCCCCUCAGAACUCUUCCCACGAUUACUUUUCUCCUAUUUUUCCCUGAUUGUAGGCCUUCUCUAUCGUAUUUAUCUUCCAUUUUUCUCUAAAUUAGGUGGGUUCAAGGUGAACUAUUUGAUAUCGUGAGUAGAUUCAUGAGGCUAUAGAAACCAAAUCCCCCCUCCCCCCCCCCCGCCGGGAAAAUUACGUGGGAAAAAACGUAAACGGCCCAGGAAGGACAGAUGUCAAGCAAAGGCGAUGCCAACGGUUCUUGCCCUUAUUUAGACAUUCCUUCGUCUAUAUAUCUGGACGCAUGUUCUGUGGAAUCCUUAUUCUAUUAUUCCUUUCCUCGUAAUCUUAGGAAUGUGAAUGAUAGACUUCCCGAUCUAGGCUAGAUUACAGGUCACAUGCACUUCACUUUAUUCUUAAUAUAUAUAGUCAUCUCUGACGAGUUCUCUCUCUCUCUCUCUUCCCUCUCUCUCUCUUCCCUCUCUCUCUCUUCCCUCUCUCUCUCUCUCUCUCUCUCUCCUCUCUCUCUCCUCUCUCUCUCCUCUCUCUCCUCUCUCUCUCCUCUCUCUCUCCUCUCUCUCUCCUCUCUCUCUCCUCUCUCUCUCUCUUUCUCCCUCCCUCCCUCCCUCUCUCUCCCCCUCUCUCCAUCUCUUCUCUCCCUCUCAAUUCUCUCAAGUGAUUUAUUAACUCUGAAUUCGAAUAUAACUCACUGUUGAAAGCAACCUUGGUUGUGAUAAACGUAACUGUCAGAUGAUAGAAAAUAAUAUUAUCUCUCCGAAGCAUAGUUUCGGAAUCUGCCGACUGUAAAAUCAGGUGUAGUAGUAAAAUUUCCAGAUCUAAGCAUUUUAGAUGGAAUAUUAUGGAUGAAUUUUAUAAAAAAUAAUAUUCAUAUAAAUUAGUUAUAAUCCCGCGUGAGAAUAUCCCUGGUAAAAAAGAAUACUUGAAAUAUAUUAAUUCAUUCUAAUGUUAUGUCAAUUGAUCCUGAUUUGUAUGACCGCAUUGAUCUUUAGUUUGUCAAAUUUCACAGAUUACAGUGCACAAGAGACUGGCCGCAAGGAGUCGUUCGAAGAGUGGCCCCAGGGGCUGCUGGCCAUUGGAACCUUUGGCAACCACCAGACAAAGAAAGAGAUACCAAAAUACAAACAUUCCCAGAAGACGAGCCCCUUGCGUGACAUCCCCGAGUUCACACAAGAUGAGAUGGAGAGACUAGAGAGAGAGUUGGAAAAUCUGCUGUUGCUGGAGCCGAUGGAACAAAGACACGAACACAACUCUAGCACGCUGCCACCGGCGAACUGCUGGAAGAUCGCCGACGACUGGAAAGGGGAAGAAAUGGGGAACCUGUCCCCAAAGGCGAAGACCAUCCUAAGGAAAGCCAGGGAUGUACUAAUGGAGAGCCAAACAAACCAGAAGUCUCAGCAAGCGAUUUUGCUCCUCAGGAGAAUGUUCGUAUGUAGCGGUGGUUUCACCCCGGCUCCAGGCUUAAGAGAUCCGAUCUUGGCGUCAAAGAAAGAGAAGGUAUGCAUUCCACGUCUUCUGAGCAAUGUAAGCGGAAUAUGUACUGCAUGCGGUAUAAACUAGAUCAUUCUCACACUAACUUCAAACGCUUAUUCUUAUGGAAAAACCUACAGCUGCUGAGAACACUGGUAUGCAAGAAGAUAUACCCUCAAAGCACGGGUCUUGCGAUUAUGAAGUUCUUGGAAAAAAGAGUGGUUCACAGUAAUAAGGUCGGGGACAAGAUGACUCCAACAGACAAAAAGAAGACGGAGGAGAGAUCAGAGGAUGGGAGCAAAUGGAUAAAGACGGACUCGGAGUGUAAGUCCACGUCGGAUUGCUUUGAAUAACUGAUCUGUAAUACCAAGACGUGUUCAUAUCUCUUUAAUCGCUUGUUGCAGAUAUUGUUUUAGAGAUCUAG